AUGGAAAAUUGGUUAUGCAGUCUCCUCUGCUCCCUCUUUGUGAUCUUCUUCCUCAAAUCUCUCUUCGCUCUUUUCUUCUCCAACAAGAGCCUGCCGCCGGGACCCUUUACCGUUCCCUUGAUCGGAAACAUCCCAUGUCUGCGACGCUCCUUCCGCCCGGAACCCGUUCUGCGGGACCUGAAAUCCAAGUACGGUCCUCUCAUCACCCUCCGAGUCGGCGCUCGCCCGGAGAUACUCAUCGCCAACCAUUCUCUCGCUCAUAAAGCUCUUGUCCAGACCGGCGCCGUGUUUUCGGACCGGCCGAGAUCGGCGCCUACGUUUAGACUGCUCAAUAGUAAUCAGCGUAGUAUCAACUCCGCCGCAUACGGCCCCACCUGGCGCCUCCUGCGCCGGAAUCUUACGUCGGAGAUUCUCCAACCUUCUCGGGUUAAGUCUUACUCCAACGCCCGGCAAUGGGUUCUCGGAGUUCUUGUCAGAAAACUCCUUAACGACACCUCUGAGACGGGUGUUAAGGUGAUUGAUCAUUUCCAGUACGCCAUGUUCUGCUUGCUGGUUUUGAUGUGCUUUGGAGACAAGCUGGAAGAACAGCAGAUUAGACAAAUCCAGGAAAUACAGAGAAAAAUUAUUCUCAGUUUUCCCCGAUUUAGUACCCUCAAUUCCUGGCCUAGUAUUGGGAAGAUUCUGUUCCGGAACCGCUGGAAAGAAUUGAAACAGCUAGCGAGUGAUCGUGAAAACACUUUGGCCCCUUUCAUCAAAGCCAGAAUUGCGGCCAAAGAACGAGCAAAGGCGGAGAGAAAAAACGAAGAUGAAGAAGUGUUGGCUUACGUAGAUACACUGAUAAAACUAGAGUUGCCGGAGGAGAAACGGAAGCUCAGCUAUGGCGAAAUGGCGACCCUUUGCUGGGAAUUUCUCAACGUCGGCACGGAUUCAACCUCCACUGCGCUGCAAUGGAUCAUGGCUAAUUUAGUGAAACACCCAUCUAUUCAAGCUAAACUCUACGAAGAAAUCGUGGGAGUUUCCGGAACACCGCCCUCCGCCGCCGCCGACAGUCCCUUACCGGAGGAGGAUUUGCAGAGAAUGCCAUACUUAAAAGCGGUGGUUUUGGAAGGGCUGAGACGCCACCCUCCGGCACAUUUUCUGCAGCCACACACUGUAACAGAGGAAGUUAAACUGGAAGGCUAUGUAAUCCCCAAGAAUACAUUGAUUAAUGUCGCGGUGGCUGAUCUGGGAUGGGAUCCGGCGGUGUGGGAGGAUCCAAUGGAGUUUAAGCCGGAGAGAUUCUUGUCCGGCGGAGAAGCAUUUGAUAUAAGUGGAAGCAGAGAAAUCAAGAUGAUGCCUUUCGGUGCAGGGAGGAGAAUUUGCCCAGGCUUGGCUUUGUCUCUGCUGCAUUUAGAGUACUUUGUGGCUAAUCUGGUUUGGCUUUUCCAAUGGAAGGGUGUUGAAGGAGAUGAUGUUGAUCUUGCAGAGAAGCAUUUGUUCAUCACAGUCAUGAAACAUCCUCUCUGCGUCCAUCUCUACCCGCGAAAUAAACUCAUUUGAACCUGGUACCUCUGCAGAUGCUAUGUAAGUUGCGUGACAGCUCGAAAAUCACUUUAGGCUGUUCAUAGUUGACUGGCUCAGAUCGAGAAGGUCAGGAUUCAGGAGCCAACUGUCUGACCAACUCGACUGGGGUUAUCCUGGCACCUGCAUCUACUUGUGUAGUUGUGCUAAUAGACAUAAAUAAAGUUUAAUUCUUGUUUCCU